CUCGUCCAAGGAGUCCUACCGAAUGUCUAUACAUCGAACCACCGAAAAGUUUGGACCCGCAGUGCUCACGCACUAGAGGAAGGUGUCGAUCCCAGUAGAUGCAACUACUGAUGUCCGGAGCAUAGAUAACCUAUCUUCGUGAUCUGACAUACUAUUAUAAAAGUCAACUACCAACAGUGGAAGUAAAAUAUCCCCGAGUGUAAAAUGUUAUGGAAUUAGUGAGAGAGAAGCCUGAUAUUUCUGUGAUCAUUCCAGUCCACAAUGGAGAAGUGUGGAUUGAGGAAUGCUUUAAGUCAAUACAGACACAGACAGCUGUCAGACACAUCAAGUUGGAAGUCUCUGUGUAUGAUGAUGCCAGCACUGAUCGAACAUGGCAAAUGCUGCAAGACUGGGGAUACAAAUUUAAUUCUGCCGGUAUCAAGUUCACAGUAUCCAGAAAUGAGUCCCUGAGGCCUAGAGGAGUGGGUUAUGCAAAGAACCGUUCAGUCAAACAGAGUACUGGACACUUCCUCUGCUUCCAGGAUGUGGAUGAUAUAAUGUUACCAGACCGAAUCCUCCAUCAAUAUGAAGUCGCAAAGAAAAACACAGAUGCGAUUGUAGGAUGUGGAUUCUGUCGCUUGCCUGCUGACUCCACAGCACGUUUCACACGAUGGGCCAACUCACUGGAUAACCAGCAGCUUUACCACCAGCUCUAUACAUCUCAUGGACCAACACUUGUGAUGCCAACAUGGUUUUGUGGAAGGGAUGUGUUUGACAGGGUUGGAGGUUUCUCAGAGGAAGGUAAAGGUACUCCAGAAGACCUGAUAUUCUUCUAUGGACACUUAGAUAAAGGAGGAAAACUUUGUAAAGUUCCAGAAUGCCUGCUCGUGUAUCGCUACCACCAGGAUGCUACAACAUUCUCAAUUCAUGAAAGCACAAUCUGGUCAAUACGCCUGGCGAGGUUGCAGGAACGAGUCCUAAACACCUGGCCAAAAUUCAGCAUUUGGAAUGCUGGCAAACAGGGACGAAGACUGUACCGGUCACUUCAUCCCAAGUACCAAGACAGAGUUGUGGCAUUCUGUGACGUUGAUGUUAAAAAAGUAGGGAAAAUGUACUCGCCUCCUAACCAAUCUCGCCACAUUCCAAUAAUUCACUUCACACAGGUCAAACCACCUGUAGUCAUCUGUGUGAAACUGGACCUGACAGGAGGGAGUUUUGAGGAAAAUCUAAAGUCAUUAAAACUGCAAGAAGGAACUGAUUAUAUUCACUUCAGCUGACUGUAAACCCUGUUCUGCUUCAAUAAAUUUUCCUAUUGCAUGUGA